AUGCUCAUUGAACGGUUCAAUGUACCGAUACCCAACAAAUUGCUUCAGAAUCAGGAAAUGAGAGGCGGUCCAUUGGCUGGACGUUACGAUACAGUACAGUCUCAUGGGCUUUCAGGAGGUCUGAUGUUUUCCGCGUACAGUGAACAGAGCUAUCAACGAUUUCGAAAGGAAUACGAGCGACCGAUACAGAGGAGGGUUUUGAGCGUUCUACAUCAGUGGGUGAAGAACCACUGGUACGAUUUUGAGAAUGACUCAACUCUUCUGGAGGCUCUCGAACGAUUUCUUCAGACUUCUUGUGACCAGAAAUUGACCAACCAGCACAAGAAGUUUUGCAAAAAUAUAAUAAAAAGAAACAGAAACAAGCAGGAAUCUGAGGGUCAUGUGAAUACCGCGUUUGAUUUUGAGGAUACGAAUGCGUUCCAGCCUAAGAAACCGGAGCCUGUUUGGCAUGCUGCCAAACAAGGAGAUGUGGCCAAUUACGAUCUUCUGACGUUGCAUCCACUGGAGAUUGGCAGACAGUUAACCCUUCUUCACUUCGAUCUUUAUCGAGCUAUAAAACCGAUCGAGUUGGUCGGUGCAGCGUGGACAAAGCACGACAAAUAUCGCAGGAGUCCUCAAUUAUUGAAGCUCACGGAUCAUUCGACAUUGCUAACAUACUGGGUGUCACGGUCUAUCGUUGAGACGGAAUCGCUGGAAGAACGGGUUAUGUCAGUGUUCGAAGAGCUUCACAAUUUCACAGGACUUGUAGCUUUCCAGUCUGCUCUCAAUUCAGCAUGUGUUCAUCGGCUUACCUGGUGCUGGGAGCGUCUCGACCAUGAGAAGGUGAAGACAUACGACCGUUUUGCGAAACUCUGUGAACCUCGUUACAUAGAGAUGCAGAAGCGUAUUCAGUCCAUCAAUCCUCCAUGUGUUCCGUUUUUC